AUGGCCACUCACUGCAAUACUCUUGUGCAGUCGAACAAAUUGGCCGGUCGUAUAGCUGUUAUAAGUGGGAAAAUAGAAGACAUCGUUCUACCAGAACCCGUAGAUGUGAUUAUUUCUGAACCCAUGGAUUAUAUGCCUUACAAUGAACGGAUGUUAGAGUCAUACGUCCACGCACGAAAGUUCCUCGCUCCCCAGCACCGGCAUUCUCAUAACAGAAACAAGGGGGACGGCCAGCAACCAGAUUCUCGUGAAGACACCAUCAUGCGAGAGGAGGGAAAAUCCGAAACGGAUGAUGAAGAUAGUACAGUGGCUGAGCCCAAGCCCGGUGUUAUGUUCCCGUCUGUGGCUCAGUUGUUUGUGGCUCCUUUCAGCGACGAAGCUCUGUUUGCUGAGCAACACACUAAAGCUAACUUCUGGUACCAGCAAAGUUUCCAUGGAAUGGACCUUAGCGCACUGCGUAACUCUGCAAUCGCAGAGUACUUCAACCAACCUGUGGUCGACACUUUCGAUAUCGGUCUCUGUCCUGCUGCGCCCCGUGUUCAUAAGGUGGACUUCCGGACAGUGAAAGAAUCGGAACUGGCAGAAAUCACAAUCCCCCUCCAUUUUCAGAUUGAUCAAUGCUCAACGAUUCACGGUCUGGCCUUCUGGUUCGAUUCCUACGACGUGGACAUUGAGCUUGUCAUCCCCGAAAGUGAUACGAAGAUUACAAACGAACUGGACCUCAAAAAUCCUCACUUCCGCUACACCGGCUACCAGCCCCCUCCGCCACCCGGAUCUCACACGAAAUCCCCCACGGAGACAUAUUACGCCAACCUACAGGCUGCUGCGGUAGCUGCGGCAACCACCGCCACUGCUACCGACGGUCUGAUUCAG